ACUGAGAUGAGAUUUUUAUUGUUUCUGGAAGAUGCAAAUAUAACAGCAUGAAUUCAGCUGGAAAAUGGAGGCUUUAGUAGGACUGAAAGCAAGCAGAGAGGCUGUAGUCUGAGGACUUGCUUUAGGUAGGACUUGUCUCACUGGCAGUUCUGUGCCUGGGAGUGGCAGUGGCUUUGUAGACCUUAGCAAGCCCCCACUGGAGUGGCACUGUUCUCAGAUGUGGAGGUCUGAGUGACAUGCUUAUGUGGCUAAAAGAAGAAGAAAUGUCAUUGCAGGAGCUUACUCAGAGACUGGCCAAUGUCAUCACCCAUGUCGAUGAAAUCAUGCAGCAGGAGGUUCGCCCUCUGCUUGCCGUGGACAUCAUUGAACAACUUCACCGACAGUUUGCUCUCCUAUCAGGAGGAAGAGGAAAAGAUGGAGCACCAAUCAUAACAUUUCCAGAAUACCCAGGUUUUAAUGACCUUCCUGACGAAGACUUCUUAAAUGUUAUCACCUACCUUACUAGUAUUCCAAGCCUGGAAGCUGCAAGUAUUGGAUUCAUCAUCAUCAUAGACAGACGUAAAGACAAAUGGAGCACAGUAAAAUCAUCACUGACUCGAAUAGCUGGAGCAUUUCCAGGGAAUCUUCAGCUGGUAUUUGUGCUGCGGCCAUCCCGCUUCAUUCAGAGAGCCAUUGCUGAUAUUGGUAUUAUGCUACACCGUGAUGACUUUAAAAUGAAGGUACCGAUUGUUAUGCUGAAUUCAGAGUCCGACUUACAUGGAUAUAUUGACAAAAGCCAGCUUACUCGAGAGCUUGGUGGUUGUAUGGAAUACUGCCACAGUCAGUGGAUUCACCAUCGAACUGCCAUUGAAAAUUUUGCACUUACAGUCAAAACCACAGCCCAGAUGUUGCAAGCCUUCGGGAUUGAACUAGCUGAAACAGAGCUUCCCAAUGAUGUACAGUGCACAGAAGCUCUUCUUGUAGUGCAUACUGACAGACAAGACAAACUAAAGGUGGAACUCAACACAGCACUGAAACAGGGGACCACACUAUUGACCUGUAUUAGGGAGCCUGUGACCAGAGAACCUAACUACAGUCUUAAUCUUGAUGAGCGGGAAAAUGUUGCUACUGCUGAAAGGUUACUGGUCCAACUGGAUGAAACAGCAAAUGCAUUUGAACAGUUCUGGGCUAAACACUACCUCAAACUUGAACAGUGUCUAAAGCUGCGACAUUUUGAACAAGACUUCCGAAAGGUAAUGCUGUCCUUGGAUAAUCUGAUGGAGACCCAGGCAGCCUUGUCUAAUACCGCUGACAGCGUCCUUCGAGUUGAGCAGCUACUGAAGGAACUCAAAGAGUUGGAACAGAAGGGACAGGAGUCACUGGAGCAGGCACAGCAGCUCUCUGUAAAUGGAGAUCAGCUCAUCCAAAGCAAUCAUUACGCAGUUGACUCUAUCCUACCAAAGUGCAUCGAACUGCGUCGCAUAUGUGCUGAUUUUACCAAUGAGAACAAGAAGAAAUAUGACCUACUGGGAAAAUCAUUGGAACUGCACCGACAGCUUGACCAGGCUGCUGAGUGGUGUGAAGCAGGCAUCUACCUCCUGGCAUCUCAAGCAAUUGACAAAUGCCAAUCGCAAGAGGGUGCUGAAGCUGCACUGAAGGACCUUGAGAAGUUCAUGGAAACUGAGACUGACCAUGGACUUGGCAACCCAGUGGAAUUCUAUAUUCAGUAUGAGACCAUUAUGACCCCAGAUAUCAAGGAGCGUGUACAACGAGUCCUCCAGAAGCUACAAGAUGUACAUGAAAUGUUUGAGAAAAGACAAGGAAGUUUAAAAAAGUUGUCUGCUAAGCAAACCCGUCCUGUACAGUCUGUCGCUCCACAUCCUGAGUCAUCACCAAAGCGUGCCUCACCUAAAACAUCUACUCCCCCUGUUCCAGGCUCCACCCUAUUAGAUACGUCCCACAUAGCAGAUUUUACAGUUGCAGUUGGCAAUGAUUUUUCUGGGACUUCCUUGACAGCUUCUAAUAGAAUAGAGCUUGACAGUCCCUGUAUACCAACAUCUACAACAGAAGCUGAUAUAUCAAGAAAGAAGACUGUGAGGAAGACAAAGGCAGGCAUAAAGAUUGAAGUAAUGCACAAAGCUAGCCAAGGUGGGUCUACACGGGUCCUGGUAAUGAGUGAAAGUGAUGAAAACUUGUGUUCGAGGAGAAGUCACAUAAUGAAUGAACUGAUUGAGACAGAGAGGGCUUAUGUAGAAGAACUUCGGAGCAUCAUUGAGGGUUAUGCUUUUGAAUUGGACAACCCUGAAGUACUUCACCUGAUUCCGUCAGCGCUGCAAAACAAGAAAGAAGUCCUUUUUGGGAACUUACCAGAGAUAUAUGAAUUCCAUAAAAGAACCUUUCUGAAAGAACUAGAAAACUGUGCAGAAAACCCUGAAUUAAUUGGGAUAUGUUUUCUCAAGAGGAAAGAAGAGCUUCAGGUAUAUGAAAAAUACUGCCAAAAUAAACCGCGUUCUGAAGCACUCUGGAGACAAUGUGGAGAAAGCCUCUUCUUUCAGGAGUGCCAGAGGAAGCUGGAUCAUAAACUUUCUCUUGAUGCAUAUCUUUUAAAACCGGUCCAGAGGAUCACUAAAUAUCAGCUGCUUCUAAAGGAGAUGUUAAAAUGCAGCAAGAAGUCUGAUGGGACUGCUGAACUGGAGGAAGCUCUUUCUGCCAUGCUCAAUAUUGUCAAGUCUGUGAAUGACUCAAUGCACCAGAUUGCAAUCACUGGGUUUGAGGGAGACUUAAAUGAUCUUGGCAAGCUACUGAUGCAAGGAUCUUUCAACGUCUGGACAGAUCACAAAAAAGGUCACAACAAAGUAAAGGACCUGGCUCGAUUCAAGCCAAUGCAACGACACCUCUUUUUGUAUCCAAAGAUGCUACUUUUCUGCAAGAAGCGGGAAGAAACUAGUGAUGGCCAUGAGAAAACACCUUCUUACAGUUUCAAGCAUUCAUUAAAGAUGAGUGCUGUUGGAAUCACAGAAAACGUCAAGGGAGAUAACAAGAAAUUUGAGAUCUGGUACAAUGGAAGGGAAGAAGUGUACAUCAUUCAGGCAUCUUCAUCAGAGCAAAAGAACCUCUGGGUUUCUGAAAUUAGGAAAGUUUUAACUGGACAGCUGGAAGCCUGCAGAGAGGCAAGCCAACUGCAUCAGCGGAUCACAGAGAAUGUGUACCAUGCACCAAUGAGUUCAUCUGUCAGAUUCAGUCGGAGAUCAGGCAGCUUACUGCAUGAAGAGAACAGAUUGGAAUCUUCAAAUCCUAAUGUAAUUAACAGAAGGAAUGACUCCUCAAGUCCCACUUCCAGGCAAAUGAGAGCUGAUGCUUGUACCAGUCUUAACCUUGACCGCUCAUCUCUUGAUAAAAAGCGAUUCACAUUACAGGGUCUUUCUAAUCGCAGACCCUCACACAAAGAUGCUCAGUCAAAGAGAACCGAAGUUGUCACCCGCCGUUUCUCCUUAGCCUCGUCUGUCAGUGCUGCCGCUAUUACUCGAGCAAAAGGUCCCCUGGGCCCUGAUGUCAAAGCUAAAAGACAUGGAAUAAAGAGCGACCCAACCCCUCUGGGUUAUGAAGAUUCUUUUCCUGAUGCUUUGCCUGUGUCGUUUAAUCCCAACAACACUACAGUUAAAAGAACUGUGCGCAGAUCCACAUCCCACAUAGGCUGGACAAACAGACACAUUCCAUCGCUAGACACAUGUGAAGAUUUUGAAGUCAUUCCUUCAAGUGUUGAAGACCUUUCCACAUCCUCUGAUAUGGAAGAAGAAACAAACACAAGAAAUGAUGGCAGCUUCUUCCAAGCUGAGGUCAGUUAUGAAGCCCAGGUACCAGAAGCUCUUGCGCUGCAGAUUGGAGAUGUGGUACAGCUGCUUCAGGAAGGAGACAAUGGACAGUGGCUUGUAAGAAACCUGACUUCCCAGAAGAGUGGGUGGGUCCCUUCCACACUUCUACAGUCUGCUGGACAAGACAAUAAGUCUCUACAUAUUAAACGAAGUUCUGGUUCCUGCGGUGAGGUAUGCAGAGCUGGACAGUCAAGUUCAGUGGAGAAGGCAAAUGAGAUGGCAGGAAGCCUGUCAACAAAAAUGAAGGUUGGAAGCUGAAGUGUUAGCUUUGUUCUUGGUCCUCAACAGAGCUCUUUGCCUUGACUGAGUGAAGUCAUAGAGCUGUGAACUGCUUCCAUCAUACUGAUUCACUUCAGCUGGACGGCAUCACCGGACAAGGCAGACUCACAAGCCAUCAUUAAUAGAAGCAUGGGUUACAUCUGGCACUGACAGUUUAAUAUUAAUGUCUUAAAUUAUUUUGUACCAUAAAUGCCUAAAGUAAGUGACAGAGGAGUAUCUAUGCAGUUAAUGCCAGUUAUUUCUUUUGGAUGAUGGUUUGAAAGGAACAGAAUGCUAAGGUGCUUUUUGCUUUGAGUGGGAUCUGUUGCCGUGCCUUUUUGAUAUAAAUGCUACAUACAGUCUGCUGUUUAAGCACAGUAGCUCCACUGUCAUUCAUAAUUUUUAUAAAUGUGACCAUAUUGUCUUUCAUAUGAUACAGCUGUUGUUCAGGAAAUCUGAAAAAUGUUAGUACUUGGGAGCAUUAGGUGCACCAGGGCAUGGUCGCCUUUGUCUUUAGCAGAGGUUAGAGACAGGCUACUCUGAUAAGAAGUAAGCCAUUUUUUUCUUAAUUUGAAAACAAUAAAAUUUCCUACAAAAAUGUUCAACAGGAACACUUUAUGCAGCUUCUGGGGCUGACAGUUCCUUUAGUUUAACAUGAGAUCAGUUGCAUUUACCCAGGGUGUAUGUUGAAUCUUUACAUCUUAUAAUGAAGAGUUAUACCCCACUAGCUGUGAGAACCUAUAUUUCACUUUCAUAAAGCUCUGUAAGAUGUCAAAUUUUAAGUAAAAUUAGAUUAAACAAACAAUCCUUUAGUGUUUCAUGGAGCAUACAAAGUUGGAUUGUUAGAAACAAACGUUAAGCCAUAGUUAAAAUAUGUAAUACACUAAAUUUCAGUCCUAUUAAGUGAAAAAUAAAAUGUGUGAUGUAAUAACGUGUUUACCCUUUUUAUGAAAACUUUUUGGUAUUUUCAGCACUGUGGCAGUGCUAGCGUUAAAGUGUGCUGGAUACAACAUAUUUUUAUUCAGCUAUUCUUAUACCUGCUGCUCUACUGUAGAUUUUAGCUGCAUUCAUUUCAUAACAAAACUCCAGUGGUGUGAGUACUCAUCAUCUGUCUUUCGGCUUUUCCCAGUUAGCGGUCGCCACAGAGGAACUCCCAUCCGCUAAUGAUUGGC